CUCUGGCACGGCUGGAGUUGGGCUCUGGUGGGGGCCUGUGGUGCCUGGCAGAUGCAGGCCGGGUCCACUCUCCCAGCUGGGCAGCGUUCCCUUCCAUAGAGCUGCCCCGUCUUCGCUUCCAACCCGCACUGAGGACCUGACUAUGGGGACCUGCCUGGGCUGUGGCCAGGGACUCCCUUCCUCCAGGGCAAAAGACCUGCUGGAGUCUCCCAUUGCCAUCCAUGGGUGCUGCUGAUUCCCACUCAAUCCACUUGACAACAGGCCCCAUGUCCAGCUCUGCCCCAGGUCUUGGGUACGUGGCCACUGUUCGUUGGGGAUGCCCCAGGAACAUGGGGGAGCAAAGAGGCUGCAGCAACUAAGGAGUUAAUGCCCAUUUUGUUGCAGUAAAUGUUUUGUGCAAUAAAAUCCACAGUUGUUCGCGAUCCAAAAGUCAAGUGUCCGGGGGACUGGCUGGCCCAGGGGUGGUGGUGCAAUACGAGGCCUCUAGGCUGCUUUCACAACUAACCCAGCAUAAUAGUGACCACUGCUCAGUGGCCAGUACACAAUGAGUUUGGUGGGUCUCCGUCCCGUUCCCGCGUCGCAGCUGGUCGUGAAGGAGCCCCGUGCCGGCAGCCAGGGCUGCGACGCCAAGGCCUGCGUGGGUCCUGCAGCCUCUGUGCUGGAUUUCCACGUGCUCAGCAGCCCCCCACGGUGCCUGGUUCUCACAGCUCAGCACCCACAGUGCCCCCAGCAUGUAGGGCUGUUUGGAAAUCUGCCGUCGCCCUGUUACCCCUGAAGGCAUCACUCGAGGCGAGUGUGACAUUCGCCAGGGCGGGCAGGCUGCUCCACCUGGCCCUUCUCACCAGUGCUAAAUUAAUAACUAAACCCCAAAGCCUGAAUGCGGCAUUUCUGCUGGGGCGACUUCUUUUAAACUCAAGAUUUGACUCUGGGAACAGGAGUUUGGAAUGCAAGUGAGAUGGCCAGAGACCCCGAGCUGGCGUGAAUGUGGCCAGGAACUCGUACUGAACCAUACAGCGCAAGCCUUGGAGCAAAGGGGCAUAUCAUAGAUUCAGAGAGCUUAAGGCCAGAAGGGAUGAUUAGAUCACUCAGUCCGACCUCCUGUAGACCACAGGCCAGAGAGUUUCCCCCAGUCACUCUUCCCCCACUGAGCCCAAUGUUUGAUUAAAACCUCUUCCAGGCAGGCCCCCAGUCUGCAGCUGAUUUGUGAUGGCAUCAUUUGUAGCACCACAAGGCUCUAGUCGGGGGGCCUAGAGAGGCCAUAGGGCCCCGUGCUGUACGCACGGAGCUGACUGUCCAGUAUCAUUCCACCCCAUCCCCUGGGGAUAGCAAGUGCUUUCGUGACGUGAACUGGUCCCGGUAUCUGCAGCUCUUUGUUCCGGGGGGUCACUCUAUAGCUUUACCUCUGGCCUUGAGGUUGGGUUUUGACUUUGUGAUUGAUGUGGCUGAGCUAGAAAGAGUGUGUGGGCUAGUGUUAGAGCAGAAGACACUCAGUCCUGGGCUCUGUUCCUGCGCUGACACCUUGGGAAAGUUGCUUCCUGUCCCUGGGACUCCAUUUCCUCAUCUGAAAAGUGGGGAUAGUGAUUCUUUCCCUGGAUUGUUUGCAGUGUGGGGAGAUGUGUAAGAGCUAAGUAGUAGCACUUAUUACGCCCAGCUCCUGGGUUCUGGUUACAACCAAGUGUGACCCUGGGCAAGUCACUAACCUCUCUGUGCCUCAGUUUACCCAGCUGUAAAAUAAUCCUCAGUGCUAUGGCUGCCUUAAUCUGAGGAUCUCAAAGCAUUUCACAAGCGUGAGUGCGUUAAGCAUCACAACCCCCUUGAGAGGCAGGAGAGUACUAUUAUUCCCAUUUUUCAGGUGGGGAAAGUGAGGCACAGAGAGGGGAAAUGACUUGCCUAAGGAGCCAGUGGCAGAGCCAGAACUAAAACCCACGUCUCCUGACUCCCAGUCCUGUGCAUCAGCCACAAGACUCCUGUAGGCCUGACAGAUGAUGAGGACAUCAAGGUGAUGCUGAAGGGCUCCUUUCUCUGGAAGAUCAAGUCACGCAGACGGAAGAAGGAGCGGUUCUACCGCUUGCAGGAGGACGGCUUGACCAUCUUGUCUGAGCGCUGCUUUAAACGGGCUCGCUCCAAGCAGAUCUUCUCCAUCACGCACAUGGAAGCCGUGCGGGAGGGCUGCCAGUCCGAGGGCCUCCGCAAGCACGGCCGCUGUUUCCCGGAGACGUGGUGCCUCACCAUCGUCUUCAAGGGCCGGCGGAAGAACCUGGACCUGGCUGCCCGGAGUGAGGAGGAGGCGAAGAGGUGGGCACGGGGGCUGAAAAAGCUGAUGGCCAAGGUGGAAGCCAUGAGCCAGCGGGAGAAGCUUGAUCACUGGAUCCAUGACAUCCUGCACCGAGCCGACAAGAACAAGGACAACAAGAUGUCCUUCAAGGAGAUCAAGGACAUGCUGAAGAUGAUCAAUAUCGACAUGAACGACAUCUACGCCUACCAGCUCUUCCAGGAGUGCGACAAGUCCAGCAACGACCGGCUGGAGGAGCACGAGAUCGAGGAGUUCUGCACCCUGCUGAUGAAGCGGCCCGAGCUGGAGGAGCUGUUCCACCGCUACUCGGGGCAGGACUUCGUGCUGUCGGCCAAGGAGCUGGGGGCCUUCCUGCAGGACCAGGGCGAGGCGGCCGACCUGGCGCACGCCCACCGGAUCAUUCAGACCUAUGAGCUCAGCGAGAAAGCCAAGCAGCAUGACCGCAUGAUGCUGGAUGGGUUCAUGAUGUACCUGCUGUCUGCGGCUGGUGACAUCCUGAACCAGGAGCACGCCAACGUCUACCAGGACAUGAGCCAGCCCCUCUGCCAUUACUUCAUCUCCACCUCCCACAACACCUACCUGACCGACAAUCAGAUCGGGGGGGCCAGCAGCACAGAAGCCUACAUCAGGGCGUUCAUGGAGGGCUGCCGCUGCGUGGAGCUGGACUGCUGGGAGGGCUCCAACGGGGAGCCCAUCAUCUACCAUGGCCACACUCUGACCUCCAAGAUCCUCUUCAGGGACGUCAUCGAGAUCAUCCGGGACUACGCCUUCAAGCACUCCUCGUACCCCGUGAUCCUGUCCCUGGAGAAUCACUGUGGGCCGGAGCAGCAGGUGACCAUGGUUCGGCACAUGAAGGCCAUCUUGGGGGACAUGCUGCUGACCCAGACGCUGGAUGGGCAGGUCCCCAAGGAGCUCCCGUCACCAGAGCAACUGAAAGGGAAGAUCCUGGUGAAAGGGAAGAAGCUGCCAGACCUGGUGUGUGACCCCGAAAACAUGAGCUUCCUCUCCGACAACCCCGAGGAGGAGGAGGAGGAGGAGGAGGAAGAGGAGAGGGUGCUGCGGAGAGAGCGCAGGAGGUCGUCCCAUUCGCUGCAGGAGAUCAGGCCGCCCCAGCAGGCGAAGGACGCCGCGCAGCUCUCCCAGGAGCUCUCCGACCUGGUGGUGUACUGCCAGGCCGUCCCCUUCCAGAGCCUGGAGCAGGCCCUCAGGAGCCAGCAGCCCGGGCAGAUGUCCUCCUUCAGCGAGAGGAAGGCCAGGAAGCUCAUCAAGGAGUCAGGGAACGGCCUGGUCCGGUACAACGCCCGGCACCUGAGCCGCAUCUACCCCUUGGGGCUGAAGAUGAACUCUUCAAACUACAACCCCCAAGAGAUGUGGAACGCCGGCUGCCAGCUAGUGGCUCUCAACUUCCAGACCCCCGGCUGGGAGAUGGAUCUGAACCACGGGCGGUUCCUGGUGAACGGGCGCUGCGGCUACGUGCUGAAGCCCAGCUUCCUGCGGAGCCGCCAGGCCUCCUUCGACCCCGAGAGUGGGCGAGGGCCCGGCCCCAGAGCCACCCUGCUGCUGGUCAAGGUGAUCACGGCCCAGCAGCUCCCCAAGCUGAACAACAAGAAGAGCUCCAUCGUGGACCCCUUCGUGCGCGUGGAGAUCCAUGGCGUGCGAGCCGACUGCAGCAGUAAACAGACCGAGUACAAGCUCAACAACGGCUUCAAUCCACGCUGGGAGGAGACUCUGAGCUUCCAGCUGCAGGUGCCGGAGCUGGCCCUGGUGCGCUUCGUGGUGGAAGAUUACGACACCACCUCCUGCAAUGACUUCGUGGGGCAGUUCACCCUGCCCUUCACCAGCCUGAGGGAAGGGUAUCGUCACAUCCACCUGCUCUCCAGGGACGGGGCAUCCCUGGCGCCAGCCACUCUCUUCGUGCACAUUAAAUCCAAGAAGAUGUGAGAGGAUGAGGAUCAGCGAGCGAGCGGGGGAGAUCAGCACCUGGGCGGCUGUGGCAGAACCCUUGAGGAACCGGUUCAACGUUAACCUCCUCAGCUGGGUGUGUGGAGGCCCGGCCUGGCCCGGCCCGGCCCGACCUACGCCUGGGGGCUGGGCUGCAGCAGGAGGUGGGGCCUCAGCUGUCGUGCCCAGGGCCUAGCUGUGCUGCUGCAGAGACCGGUUUGGUUCCCAUCCCCCUAGAGUAGGGCUAAAUCCCUCCAGGACUCCAGCCUCUGCACCCACCUCCUCACCGGGGCCGCGGGCUGCACCCCGUACCCAGGGCGCUGUCGGAACCAGGCCAGAGGAAGGGACUUGUACUGGCUGGGACCACGUUAGCGCAGCCCCACGGCCGGGGCAGUUGUAAAGCAGGCGGGUAGGUGGGGGGCAUAGCUGUUCUAGCUAGUGCUGGCGUUGAGCUGCACAUGCAUCACCCGGCACACGCCCCUACCCACACUGAUGGGGGGGUGGGGGUCAGGGGACAGACACUUUCCAGUUAACCCUUCAGUGGCCUCUCCAUGCUGUGAGCUGAGCCUGGUGGUUGGGGCCGGCUGCGGGGCCUGAGGCGUGAGCACAGCCGCCCGGGGGGAGUUUGUAAGGUGGGGCCCAGAGCCAAGGGCCUGUUCCAAGCUGUAGAAUAUAUUGUAAAGCGAUUAAUAAAGUUUAUUUUACCAGA